AUGUUGCGUACAGUAAAAGCAAAGACUGCCUCGGGCAAACGAGCACUCAAAAAACGAGAGCCAGUCAUCGAAGAGGGUGCUAAAGUAGCUCUAUUCCUCAAAGGCACUACUACAAGCCAAAUUGUAUCUGACGGACUAAAAGAACUGCACUCGCUUAAAAAACCAGAUGCAGUUUCAUUCUCCAAACGUAACGACAUUCACCCAUUUGAUGAUCCAAAACCACUCGAGUUUUUAUCCCAAAAGAAUGAUGCUGGAUUCAUUGUGCUAGCCAACCAUAGCAAGAAACGUCCUCAUAAUUUGGUUUUGGCUCGCAUGUUUAAUCACCAACUUUUGGACAUGAUUGAACUUGGUAUGACCAACAUGACAUACAUGGAAGAGAUCAAGAAUACUUCAAUAUCCAGUGGAUACCGUCCACUCAUUCUAUUCAACGGAGAUGCAUGGGAGUCUUUGGCAGAAUUACAAACUGCAAAGUCCAUUCUUUUUGACUUUUUUAGUGGAGAUCGCACGGCAGAUCAAGUCGAUCUUCGUGGCAUUGGACAUGUGAUAUCGUUGACUGCCUUGCGACCCGAAGGAGAGGGCAUGUCAAAGAUAUUUAUGAGAGUGUAUGCUCCACAGCUGAAGAAGAGUGGUGUAAAGCUGCCUCGAGUUGAGUUGGAAGAUAUGGCACCUCAUUUUGACUUUGUGUUGCGGAGAGCCCGUGUAGCCGAUGCCGACGUGAUGAAAUAUGCGCUCAAAAUUCCUAAAGAAGUCAAGCCCAAGAAGGAAAAGAAUGUCAACAAGAAUGCAUAUGGAGAGAGAACAGGCCGUGUUUGGAUCGAUAAGCAAGAUCUGAGCCAGAUGCAAACUAGGAAAAUGAAGGGUUUGAAACGUAAAGCAGAGGUGGAUGAUGACAAGACUGUUGAAGACGAAGCAUAA